CCUCGAAUGAGGAGGUGGGUUGGAUGGAUCAGUUCCGGUUUCGUAGAUACUGGAAUGUCUCGCGGGCCUCUGGGGUCCUACGUCCGUAUUGUUUCCGGACGAAGUUUUGUCUUACAAAUAUUUCCAAACUCCCGGUCCUAUGCUCCAGUGAGAGCUGACUUUGGGCUCUUUCCUGAGAGGAAAUUUGUAAGUCAAAGACUGUUUCCUGGAGGAGGCGAGAAGAAGACGCUCACUUCCGGCAGAGGGAGGCUUCCUGACUCAGGAUGAAGGAGGCGGAGGAAGUGCUCUCGGAGGGGAAGACGCUGUUGCUGCCCCUCGAGCCGCGCCUGGGCCCGGACUCGGGAUGGAGCCCUUCGGAAGAAGGCUAUGCUCGGGGCCUCCAAGAUUUCCCGCCAGGGCUGAGCCCAGCCAUCCUUGCCCUAAAGAGCCUCCCCCCCGGCUUGGCCAUAGGCCCCUCAAGUACCAGGGAACAGCGCUUGGGGGUCUGGUGUGUCGGAGAGCCCCUGCGUCCGGGACUGCACUGGGGCCCUCUGGAAGAGGAAUCUGGCAUGCAGGAGAAAGGCGACGGAGAGGAGUCACGCCACGGGGAGAACUUGUCACCAGGUCCAUGUGGAACUAUAUGUACAUGGGAACAGAGUUCAGGCUGGACCAGCCUGGUGCAGCAGGGUCGGCUGAAGAAUGAUGGAAAUGUGUCCUUGGUUUGGAUCAAUAAGAAGCUCCACCUUCAAGUCUACCAGAUUGUACUGCCAGGGUUUGAGCUGCUGCUGUGCCCACAGUCUCCCUCCAGGGGCCUGAGUGUCAUGCAGCCCAGGCUAGAAGAAGAAACAGAUGUAGUGGCAGUGGCAGAAAAGGAGUCUGCUAUACAAAAAGAGGUGGCCUUUCCCUGGGAAAAUGCAGCAGAGUCUUGCACAGAUCCUGGUCAUGAGCCACCUCACAGUAUCCAGACAGAGAGUUUACUAGACCCUGGACCUAUGGCCGAAACCCAGGACCAGCCUUUCAAGGAUAACUACCCCCCAUUGCUUCAAGAUGGUAGCAUGGAUGAGGAGUGCCUGCCACAGACACCACCUGAACCUCAGAGCAGCUUUGCUGCCCAGAAGAGCCCAGAGAGCAGUAAAGCCAAUUUGUCACCUACCCAGCUGCAUACCUGCCCAGACAAGAAGUUACACGACCCCAGUGAUCAAUUCCUGUCCACAGCAAAGACCUCAGAGCCUGGAGCCCAGCUCUCUGCCUUGCCUGUACUCCCAUGCAGCCCUCCUGGUCCAGGAAGAAGCUCCCCAAAGCAAGGUCGUCGGUACCAUUGCGGGGAGUGUGGCAAGGCAUUCCUGCAGUUAUGUCACCUCAAGAAGCAUGCAUUUGUGCACACAGACCACAAGCCCUUCCUGUGCACAGAGUGUGGCAAGAGCUACAGCUCAGAGGAGAGCUUCAAAGCCCACAUGCUGGGCCACCAAGAGGUGCGACCCUUUCCUUGCUCACAAUGUGACAAGGCUUAUGGUACCCGGCGGGACCUCAAAGAGCACCAAGUGGUUCAUUCAGGUGCCCGGCCCUUUGUAUGUGACCAGUGUGGCAAGGCCUUUGCUCGAAGACCCUCCCUGAGGCUGCAUCAGAAGACACACCAGAUGCCAGCUGCCCCUGCCCUAUGCCCGUGCCCAGUGUGUGGGCGCUCCCUGGCCAGUCAGGGCUCCCUGCGCAACCAUAUGCGGCUCCACACAGGAGAAAAGCCCUUCCUGUGCCCACACUGUGGCCGAGCAUUCCGACAUCGGGGCAACCUUCGAGGGCACUUGCGGCUACACACAGGGGAGCGCCCUUACCACUGCCCACAGUGUGUUGACACCUUCCCCCAGCUGCCAGAGCUGCGUCGCCAUCUCAUCUCCCAUACUGGGGAGGCCCACCUGUGCCCUGUAUGUGGGAAGGCCCUCCGAGACCCACAUACCCUCCGUGCUCAUGAGCGCCUACACUCAGGGGAGAGGCCCUUCCAGUGCCCCCAGUGUGGCCGUGCUUACACACUGGCUACCAAGCUUCGGCGCCACCUCAAGUUCCACGUGGCGGACAAGCCCUAUCGCUGCUCUACCUGUGGCAUGGGCUACACCCUUCCUCAGAGCCUCAAGCGUCACCAACUCAGCCACCAGCCCAGGGCUUCCUCCAGCCCACCUCUGCCUCCUACCUCUGAACCUACCAUGGUGUUUCUACAGACUAAGCCAGAGCUGUUGGGUGCAUGCAGCCAACAGGAAGUUCCCCCAGAGGGGGCUGUUGUGGAGGUCACCAUUUCUGAGAGACAAGAGAAAUGUUUUAUGGUGCCGGAGGAUCCAGGCCCCAGUGUGAUGCUUAUCCACAAGGACGUGGGCUUUGGUGGCUGGGCAGAGGUGGUGGAGGUGGAGACAGACGCCUGACAUCAGCAUGCACCUCACCACACGCACACACACACACACAGAGUUCUCCAUAAAGACUGUUCUGGUGCUGUG